AUGUCUCUGGCGCCCAAGCCUACAUGCCGAUGGAUCAUAAGGACGCGGCCCGCUCACGGGGUCGCUGCGAGCCACCUGCAACGCGCGGCGACCCGGCAGCGCAACCGCGGCGCGCGCUGGGCGGGCGUGGCGGGCGCGGCUGGCCAGGGCGCACCCGGCCGUGACGAAUCCUGCAAAGACUACGACAUGGCGGCGCCCGGCCUGGCCAACCCCAACGCCCCCUGGGGCUUCUUCACCGCUAACGAGUUUGAUGAUGGAACCAUGCGGGUCAAGAAAUCCCUCACAGACCUCGGGACGGGCGGCUCUGUCACCGCCUUCUCCCUCAACUGCAUCAAGGCCAUCCACUGGCUGUCCUUCCCCCUGGGGUUCUGGGUCGCCGGCUUCAUCGUGGUGCACGCUGACAAGAUCCUCCCGCUUGUUGGCAAUGACCCUGUGCGGCAUUACUUGCUGGUGCUCAGCGUGCUGACACAGGUCUUUGGGGGAGGGAUAACUGGCAACAUGAUGCACGAGUACGAGUCGUGGCAGGUGGCGCCUUUCAGAAACCCCUUGACGCUUCAGGGCGCCGUUGAUGACGCGGUGGCGGGCUGCAAAACGGCGGACGAGCGCCUCGAUUGCGUGCUGAAGCGGGCCGGCAAUGUGUACGUGGGCAGCUACAACAACGCCUGGCUGAGGGCAGUGGCUUACCGCUUCCUGUUCUUUUUUCAGUCCCUCGCCAUCGCCCUCUCCAGCGUCGGCGCGCUGGGCUUACCGACAGGUGCCACCUCAUCUUGGCUGCAGUGGCUGGCCGCUGGGAUGGUGCCUGUGACAGUCUUUGUGGGUCUCAUCGGCCCCUUCAAGCCGGUCACCCAGGCAUCCCUCUUCGGCCAGCCGCUGGGGCCGCUGCCUGUGGUCCUCCUGGGGUCUCUCGUGGUCAACUUCUUCAUCGGAAUUCCUGCAGCCACGCAGCUCUUCGGGGCCAGCCUCGCCGCAGCCUGGCCGCCGACGGCGCCCCUGCCAGUGCUCGCUGCUGGCGCCGCGGCGCUGGGAGGCCUCCUGUUCGCGUGGCGGGGCGCGCUCGUCGGCGCGGCGGGCGGGGCGCUGCUGCUUGGCGCCGCGCAGGCCCUGCCCUGGACCCCUCCGCUGUGGCUGCUGUCGAUCCUGCCUAUAGCAACAAUUGCAGGGGGCGGGCUUGUGGAGGGCUUUAUUGCGGAGACCACGUGCGACCAGUGGUGGCACUGGAGGGCGUUUGUGAUCCUCACGCUGGGCUUCGGGAUGCUGGGCCUCUACUACUGGCACCUCGUCUUCCCAUGA